UGUUGACAGCUGCGGUGAACAAACGUCAACAAACGAACUUGCAAGCUGUGGAAAAUAUUGCAGUUACCGUAUUCUGGGACGGUUUUCUGCAUGAAAAUUGAAACAUUAGUGUAAAGUGGCAUUUUUCAAAAGCAAAACUUAAAGCAAUGAAUGUCGACGAGUUGGAUAAAUCGAUUCAACAGUACAAACAACAGCUAGAUCAGAUCGCACAAGCGUUACAACAUACCAAGGACGCAAAUGAGAGACAAGAACUGAACAAAUUGAAACAAGAUUUGAUUGAACUGCUGGAGCUUACACUAGAAACGCUCGAACCUACAAGCGAUGAAGAUAACGAAACGCGUCCUCAGACGAACAAUGAUUGUUCAGCAACGGGCAAUCAAAUGGAUGAUGAAUUUGCACUGUUUAUGAAGGAAAUUAAAGACCUUCCUAGCGAUGUAGAAAAAGCUUCAACCGAUGCGAAUGUACCGAUCCCGGACACACAGCCGCAGGAAGAGCUAGAUUUUGACGGAUUGGUUGGAAGCAAGUGCUCAGCGCCCCAUUUACACACCUGGGGCUCAACCGCAUACCAUAACGCGAUGGUAUGUAGCCUUGAUACCUCAGAUUUGGCCGAAGCAACCGCCAAGGUGCUGUUCACAAAUCCUACCCACCGGGAGAUGAUACCCUGUACAUACUUUCUCGAGGGAGAUUGCCGAUUCGCGGACGACAAAUGUCACUAUUCGCACGGGGAAGUUGUCCGGUUGGAUCAGUUGCGCGAUUAUCGGCCACCACGCUUUGAACGAUUGCGUCAAAAGGGAAGUCGUGCGCUGGUAAAACAAUCAUCUUCGCGCCUUUGGUGCAAGGGCACAGUGCUAGAGGUAGACUUUGAUGAAAAGCGAUGCAAAAUUCGACUAGAAGAAGGCAAACGUGAACAAACGGACGUGCCGUUCGAAGAUCUUUUGCCACUGGAUGAGGAUGGGCACGGUUCGGGGCAAGACAGUCCAUCGGAUAAUAGUUCCAGUGACGAGGAAGCUGACGAAGAAAGCUUCCAUAAAGCUCUCCUGGUGGAGAAAAGCCUUUUCCAACCGGCACCCGAUCGACGGUUAGGCGAAUGGGAGGAACACACGCGUGGUAUCGGGUCGAAAAUUAUGCAAAAAAUGGGUUACAUCGUUGGAACCGGGCUCGGUCGGGAGGGUGAAGGAAUAGUGCUACCGGUCAGCGCACAGGUUCUGCCGCAGGGCCGUUCGCUCGACUACUGUAUGGAGCUGCGCGAACAAGCCAACGGCGAUAAGGAUCUGUUCAGUGUGGAGAAAAAGCUCGUACAGCUAAAAAAGCAGCAGGAAAAGCGCGACGCAAAGGAUUACGAACGACGGGCGAAGGCGGACAAAGCGAAGGAUGUGUUCGCUUUCAUCAAUGAACAGGUGUUUAGUGGAGGCGAGAGCUCAAAAUCAAAACCACUCCGUCAGGGCGAGCUGUCCAGACGCGACCUCAAAGACCAUUCGUCCAAAAACUUAAACAUUGCCAGCCUGAAGCUUUCGGAAGAAAUACGCCGUACGGAGGCCGAUGUGGAACGGCUUAAAACGGCGCUCACCAGACACAAAGCAGGCACACCGGCAUCGGACAACCUGCGACGUCAGAUCGAUGCGAAGCGUGCGGAAAUAAAACGCCUGCAAGCAUCGGAAUACAACAUUUCCAAGGAGCAACAGUUGCGCACGGACAAAAAGAAGAUGACGAUAUUUUAAUAGCGCUUAGGGAAAGUAUUAAAUUGUGGAGACAGAAACAGGAUCAAAACGGUCAAAAUGUUGCAAGAGUCAAAUAAAAAAUUAAACAAUAAAUUCACCCAUUUUGUCCCACUUUAAAGCGUAUUUUGGGCAAUAAACGUUUCAAAGAAAAUGUACGAGGAGA